GAUCAGUCUUUGGAGGAGCCAUGCUGCGUCGCAGUGCGGUGUUAGCGGACAGCUUCAAGGAGCACUACCAGCGCGUGCACCUGCCUCGCCGUCUGGCGCUGCAGCGCUACAUGAAGCGGGAGGAGGCGCGCCUGAGUAAGCAGAAGAGCAAGGCCGCUGCGGGUGUCGCAGCAGGCUCGCAGCCCGGGGAGGUGCCGUACAAGUACAACCGCUGGUGGGUUUCCAACGACCACGAGUUCGUGCAUCAGUUUGCGUUUGUGGAAGACCCCGAUGUAACGCGCGAGAAGCGCACGACGCUGCCGCUCGUGACGAAGGAGAACAUCUGGAAGGAGCCGCAGCAGACCUACUUCCUGCCUUUUGCGCCAUUCGUGCGCGUAGUGGACUACGCCAAGGACCCCGACACGAAGUUCCUGAAGCCGGUGAACAUCCCGCGGUGGAAGGAUUACAUGCAGCGCACCAAGCCCGUCGUGCCACGCACGUGGUAUUAA